AUGGCCUCGGCUCAGAUUUACCCCCUUCGUCAGCGACGAUUCGCUCCUCUUAACCCGGAGAGAAAGGGGGCAUCGAGUGCCCCGCCGCUGAAGGGGAUCGUUUUCGACGUGGACGGAACGUUAUGUCUUCCUCAGAACCAUAUGUUUGUCAAGAUGCGAGAGUCUCUUGGGAUCCUCCACAAGGAGAUCGACAUCUUGCACCAUAUUAGCAGUCUCCCAACUCCCGAGCAACAGCUCGAAGCCGCAGAUAAGAUCAAGACCAUCGAGCGAGAGGCUAUGCAAACCCAGGAGCCUCAGCCGGGACUAGUAGAGCUCAUGGAUUACCUCCACGAACGGGGAGUCAAGAGGGCGCUUUGUACACGGAAUUUUGAAACACCAGUACGGCAUCUUCUAGAUAAUCAUCUUCCUGCUCACGUGUUUCUUCCAAUCAUUACAAGAGAGACCCCGGGGUUAAUGCCUAAGCCCGAUCCAGCGGGGAUAUUGCAUAUUGCUCAUGAAUGGGGACUGGAUAGUCGAGGAGAGAAUCUAAUCAUGGUUGGUGACAGUAUCGAUGAUAUGACUGCUGGCCACACAGCAGGCGCUGCGACUGUCUUGCUCCUGAACGACCACAACGUUCAUCUCAAGGAGCAUCCCCAUACGGAUCUGUGCAUUGAGCGGUUAGAUGAGCUCAUCGACAUCCUAGAUGGAGGUUUUGUCGGAAACCGUGAUGGUGACAAGGUUCCUACCAGUGACUAG